AUGAACGAGCUUCACACCAGGGGCUGGACUAUCGUGUCUGAGACCAUUUCCAAAGAAAAGGCCCUUAGAUAUGCUGACCAGGCGUAUUCUUGGCUCGAGGGUUGGAACUACGGGUACAGUCGACAUGAUCGCUCGACGCGAAAAGCUUCCAAUUUGCCGUUUACGCACAAGGGUGGUAUCUUUUCUCGCUAUGGCAUUGCCCACGAGCAAUUCGUGUGGGAUUUGAAAUCCGAGCCCCUGCUCGUGGACAAGUUCGCGCAGAUUUGGGGAACGGAUAAAUUGCUCGUGUCUUAUGCAGACGGUCUCAACCUUUCCCUCCCGGAAACCUCUCGCCCAAAGACUGAUCCCAUUUUUGCGCCCUGGUCGCACGUAGACCAGUCCCCUCUCCGAACAAACCUCCAAUGCGUCCAGGGCAUCAUGAACCUUCUUCCCAAUGGCCCAGAAGACGGUGGUCUCAUGGUGCUCGAAGGCUCGAACAAGUUCUACAGCGAGCUCUGGCAGCAUUUUGACCAUAAAAAGGGCGAAAAGGGUUGGAACACGCUGGAGUAUCAAAACGUCGAUGAGGAGAUGACCGGAUGGCUUGAGUCAAAGGGUUGCAAGUGGGUUAAAGUUUGUUGCCAGCCUGGCGAUCUUCUCCUCUGGGAUUCGCGAACUGUGCAUUAUGGCGCCGUUCCAUCGUCCAUGAAUGAUCGUUUUGCUGCUUAUAUCUGCUACAAGCCCGCGUCAAUGGUCCCCAAAGAAGCGAAGGAGAAGCGUCGGGAAGCUUUUGCGAAGAAGCAAUGCACUGCUCACGACCCAGCUAUUAUCAGGACUACACCCCGUCUGCCCCCGGAAUACCAUCAUUCGUACCAACAAGCCGUAGAAAGGCCACUUCAGGAGCCUGUCCUGUCUAAGAGGGGGGGGCAGCUUGCGGGAUUGGAGGAAUAUGAUGAUUGA